CCUCAGGAGCGCUCAUCGAUCGCUCAAGUGACCAUUGAUACCAUAUAUAAUAAUUACCAUAUCACAGCUACCCUCGAACAUGGGCCACUUAACUUCCUUCCUGACAACGCUCUGGUUGACCACGGCGGCUGCACAGCUCGGCUUCAUCAAGGACUUCACCAAGGACGUGACUAAAGGAGCACAGAAUGAGGUGCAGGCCAUAGCGGAUCCCCUGGGCAAGACCAUCGCCUUCGUCGGGUCUAGCCAAUGUUCGAAUGUGAAGAAGUUGAUCGGAGUGACGUACGAAAACUACGUGGAGUCCGAACCAGAUCUCAGCAAGCUCACUCUAGUUUUUAUCACUAGAGCUAAAACAGUCACCUACAACUUAACCCUAGCUCCUGAAGAGAUCCCCCUGGAGCGCUGGUUCAACCCUGAGCUACCGUUCAGGAUCUUCCUGCACGGCUUCACAGACGACCCAUCCAAGUCCAGCUACAAGACCAUCAGCGAAGCCUUCCUUGAGCAGAGUGAUGUGAACAUCUUGGCUCUGGACGCCAGUUCCUUGAUCCACUGGUUCUACCUGCGGUCGACCGUCAUGGUGCGGUUCAUAGGAGAGAGGCUCGGCUCUAUUCUGGCUGCGUUAGUACCUGCUGGUCUGGACUCCUCAAAGAUCCACCUGAUAGGCCACAGUCUGGGCAGCCACAUCGCAGGGUUUACCGCCAAGACGUUUUACAACCAGACCGGGUACCGUGUUGCCAGAAUAUCGUCUCUCGACCCAGCUGGACCCUGCUUCUCCAAUCUGGAAAUAGCCCUGAGGCUGUCCAAGGAAGAUGCAGACUUUGUGGACGUCAUACAUACUGAUGCUGGAGUGUAUGGUCUUAAUGAGCAGAUUGGGCACGUGGAUUUCUAUCCGAACAGUGGUUCAGAGCAGCCGAACUGUCUGUUCCAAACGUGCAGUCACAGUCGAGCGUGGCUGCUGUACGCCGAGUCUGUGCUCAUACCGGAGUCCUUCAUUGGAGCGGAGUGCUCCAGCUGGAAGAAUUUCAUGAAAGGAAGCUGUGAUUUUAAUAAUACCAGCGUUAUGGGUUACUACUGCCCCACGGACUCCCGAGGGAAGUACUACCUCCAGACCAAGGAUGAGCCUCCCUACGGUCUCCGAGUAGCUGGCCUCACCUAUGUCAACAACGCCGGCAUCGUCAGGAACAUCAAAUACCUAGUCACCGGCAAAUAAUCUAGCUUUAAGAAACUUUUCAUGACUGAUUUUAUGCACUAGACAUCUUUUAAAUGAAUUUGCACUCUGUUUCAAGAGUUGUAUAGUUGUUAAUUGCAGAAAACAGGUCACAUUUUUGUAGGUAGAUGCGUUAUUUUUUAGGGAUUUGUGAUUUUAUUGACCAAAGUCAAAACUGCGUGACGCAUAAGUUAAGCGAUAUAGUUGAUUCGACCAGUUUUUAAGUUCAAUCAAAGUGAAAUUCAAUUUUAAUAUUGUGUUGAUAGUCCAUUCUAGUAUUCCAAUAUGUAUAUUAAUAUU